AUGAGUCGACCGGGAAACCCUAUUUUCUGUUUCUGUCGACUAAAUUUUGAGCCGCCCUUCUCCUCCUCCUUCCUCCUGCUCCCGGGGCGCAUAUUCGCCCCGCAUCGCCAUAAAUCCGGAGCAGGCAUCCCACCCAGCCGACCAACCGCACAGGAGCUUCGAGCCCCCCUCGACCCCCCGUAGCUGAGGAGCCCUGUGCCUUGUUUCCUCUCGUUGGCUCCUCUCCCCGUCCUUGCAGCGGGCGAUGGCGGCGGCGACGGCGGCCGACACCACCGAUGCGUCCACGGCUGGGCUCGCGCUCGCGGAGGCAAACAUCAACUGGGAGAGGUUGGACAAGACAAAGUUUCAUGUCAUUGGAGCAAUCCUAUUCACGGCCCAACAAGGUGUUCUGCAUCCAACAGCCGUUGUGAAGACUAGAAUGCAGGUUGCCGAAGGAGGGCUUUCACAUAUGUCUGGCUUUGCCGUUUUUAGAAGAAUAUUGAGAAGUGAUGGCAUCCCUGGUGUUUUCAGAGGAUUUGGCACCACUGCAGUUGGAGCUCUACCUGGAAGAGUCUUGGCUCUAACUUCACUAGAGGUGUCCAAAGAAAUGGCCUUUAAAUACUCUGAACGUUUCGAUAUGUCAGAAGCAUCAAGGAUUGCUGUAGCUAAUGGUGUAGCAGGCCUAGUGUCAAGUAUCUUUUCAAGUUCAUAUUUUGUACCGCUAGAUGUGAUUUGCCAGCGGCUCAUGGUCCAAGGGUUGCCAGGGAUGCAAACAUAUAGAGGUCCACUUGAUGUGAUAAAUAAGGUUGUCAGGACUGAAGGCCUCCGUGGCCUUUACCGAGGUUUUGGAAUUACCAUGUUAACGCAGUCUCCAGCUUCCGCCCUUUGGUGGAGUUCAUAUGGUGGUGCUCAACAUGCUAUCUGGAGGAGCCUGGGUUAUGUAAAUGAUUCACAAAAGAAACCUUCUCAAUCAGAACUUAUUGCUGUCCAAGCAACAGCUGGAACAAUUGCUGGCGCUUGCUCAUCAAUUAUCACUACACCAAUAGAUACCAUUAAGACACGGCUUCAGGUCAUGGACAAUUACGGGAGUGGAAGGCCAUCUGUUGUGAAAACUACCAGGCUGCUGCUACAAGAAGAUGGCUGGAAAGGUUUAUAUAGAGGGUUUGGUCCGAGAUUUCUUAACAUGUCUCUCUGGGGUACAUCAAUGAUUGUCACAUACGAGCUAAUAAAGAGGCUUUCUGUGAAGCCGGCACAGUGAGCUUUUGACUUCUGCUCCAACUGUUGAUCGUCAAAUUUUUGUGUUGGCCAUCUAGUGAGUCCAAUAUGGUGGACAGGGAUUGGCAUGUAAAACGGUUGGAAGUUCCUGAUGCAAGAUCUCCCUUUUAUAAACUCACAUCUUCUAUAGGAAGCUACACUCUGUAAAUACUACCCUAGCUCUGCAAGUGACAAAGGUGCUCUUUUCAGGAUGAAUAGCCAGAGGCUUGGUCUGGGUACCGGCGCACCUUGUAGUUGGUUGUAUGAGGUCCAGCGGUUGUAUGAGGUCCAGCGAAAAAUUUGGCAAAUAAUGUUGUAUCUUCCCAUCCAACAACGAGUUCUCACAAGAUCAGAAGCUUGAUUUGUUUUAGUUUUGUGUAGCUCAGUUCGUUGAGAAGGAUGUGGCAUAGCCAAAUCAAUGAAGACAAAUUUAAAUAACUUGCUGUUUUUUCUGUUAAACAUUCAUUGAUUGCUGAUGUAUUUCUAUAUGUAGCAUUGUUUGCCCUCCCGGUUCAGUUAGCAAAAAGCAUUUCUGCACU